CGGCGGUUCGAUCUGGUUUGUCAGUUCAGCUCCUUGAAAACGCAGCGUUUAGUUAAGUAAGCUAGGAAAAAGAAAUCUUGGUUCUGGAUCUUCUUCUUCCCAAUCACGUUCCAUCCCCCGCAACCUACCAUACUUCCUCACCUCUCUCGUCGCCAGUUCCCCAGCCACCACAGCCGCGCUCACGACGAAAGGCCACGGAGGAGGUGCUGGCCGAUUUUUCCUCCGGUUAGAUUCAGGCGCGCAGUAGGCUGAUACCCUUUUGGGCCUUCUCCCGUCGAUUGCUCGUCGAUUUCCGCAUGACAGAUUUGGUUGAGUAACCCUUCUUGGUCUAUUCAAGCUCCAGUCUUUCUCCAUCCCCAGAACGUGGUGGAACAGUGAAUAUGCACAAAGACUUGCACUGCCUGAAAUCUGCAAUGCUAGCAAAGGGCACAUUUUCCUCGCCCAGUUCAACACUGCUUCCCCUUAGUAUACCACGCGGUUCAUCACGCUCGGAUUCUUUAACAUGUUGGCUACGGAGGAAGCAACAAAGAAAGAUCAUUUGCGCUUGUGUGGCGCCUCCUCUAAAUAUAGGCAGCGAUGGAAUUCCAGAAACUGCAAAAAAUCAUAUAAACAAAUCAGAGAAAUCGGAGACAUUGCACCCAAUAUCGGAGCCAGAGGAUGAUUCUGACGUCCUUAUUGAAUGUAAAGAUGUGUACAAGUCAUUUGGUGAGAAGCAUAUAUUACGAGGUGUGAGCUUCAAGAUCAGACAUGGUGAGGCAGUUGGAAUAAUUGGACCUUCGGGCACUGGCAAAUCUACAAUUUUGAAAAUAAUGGCUGGACUUCUUGCUCCAGACAAGGGUGAGGUUUACAUUCGAGGUAGGAAACGAGAUGGGUUAAUUAGCGACAACGAGAUCACUGGCUUGCGAAUUGGAUUGGUGUUCCAAAGUGCAGCGCUGUUUGAUUCUUUAACAGUUCGUGAAAAUGUCGGUUUCCUGCUGUACGAAAAUUCUACAAUGCCAGAGGAGCAAAUCUCAGAGCUUGUGACAGAAACCUUGGCUGCCGUUGGUUUAAAGGGAGUUGAGGAGCGGCUGCCUUCUGAGCUAUCUGGCGGAAUGAAAAAAAGAGUUGCUUUAGCUCGAUCUAUAGUUUUUGACGCCACCAAGGCCACCAUUGAGCCAGAGGUGGUUUUGUAUGAUGAACCAACAGCUGGACUUGAUCCGAUUGCGUCAACUGUGGUAGAAGAUCUCAUUCGCUCUGUCCAUAUGACGGGGGAGGACACAGUCGGCAAACCUGGCAAGAUUGCUUCCUAUGUUGUGGUUACUCAUCAACACAGUACCAUUAGAAGGGCUGUCGACAGGUUACUGUUUCUUCAUAACGGGAAGGUCGUGUGGCAAGGAAUGACUCAUGAAUUCACUACAUCAACCAAUCCUAUUGUUCAGCAGUUUGCAUCAGGCAGCCUUGAUGGUCCGAUUAAAUAUUAGAGGACACUAUCUUCGUUUGAGCCGAUGGCUCCUAUAGUUAUGUGGGAAGGAAGAAUGGUGGUAGUUUGCAGGUUUGAUGCUAUUAUUGUUGCUAAUUCUUGUUUACUAAAUUGAACGAAAAACGAGACCAAUUCAUGUUUAGGCCUCGUGCCUUUCUGGAAGGGGACUGCAUUUCGAAAUGCCAGGUCGUUUGGUUCCUCUUUGUAAACUUUGUUGUAUAAGGUUGGUUGCCCGCAUUUCUCGAUCAAUCAAUAAAGCUUCUACUCGAUGGAAUCUUUUUUUUUUCUUCUGUACCACAUUUCGAAACGUGGCUUCGAAUGAGAGUAGAAUGUGAUUGUUAAACACCUGACAAGUGAACUAC